UGUCGGGCGACAGCGGAAACGCCGCUACAGUUCUGACAGCCUGGCUGUAUUUCGUCAUGUGCGGAGGUUGAGAAAGUAUCGGUACCCGGCAGGUGUCACUUGUACACUUUGCUCCCUCGGCAGACACAAACGAAUAUUACCUUUUCCAAAGACAUCAUCGACAAUGGACGAGUGUCCUCCUCAAACGCCGCUGUUUACCUUCGGCGUGAUAGCGGACAUUCAGUACGCAGACCUGGACGACGGAUACAACUUCACGCGCACGAGGAGGCGGUACUACCGGAGCAGUCUGCAGCUGCUGAGGAAAGCACAGGAAAGUUGGUCAGAGUCGGCUGUCAGACCAGACUUUAUCCUCCAGCUGGGAGACAUCAUCGACGGCUUCAACAAGGGCCAUGCCACCUCGCAGCGAGCCCUGGACACGGUGCUGAGAGAGUUCAGCUCCAGCCCCGUGGAGGUCCACCAUGUGUGGGGCAACCACGAGUUCUAUAACUUCAGCAGGAGCGCGCUGCUGCGGUCACAGCUCAACAGCACCCCGCACACCGACGGGAGUCAGAGCGGAGCCCCGGCCGGCGGGGAGAUCUACGCCUACCAGUUCAGCCCGUUCCCCGGGUUCAGAUUCGUGGUACUGGAUGCUUACGAUGUGAGCCUGCUGGGCAGAGAGCAGUCCAGCGGACAGUACGGCGAUGCUUUGACUUUAAUAAGCCAGCACAACAACAACGAGGAUCUCAACUGUCCCCCAGUGUCUGAGGGCCUGCUGCAGAGGUUUACUAUGUUCAACGGUGGGUUCAGUAAGGACCAGCUGGACUGGCUGGAUUCUGUUCUGUCUUCAGCGGAUGACAAAAGGGAAAGAGUCACUAUUGUCAGUCACCUCCCUGUCCACCCUCGCUCCACAGAACCCAUCUGCCUCGCCUGGAACUUUGACGAGCUCCUGGCCAUCAUAAGCUCCCACAGCAGUGUGGUGUGUUUCAUGGCUGGACACGACCAUGACGGUGGAUACUACCAGGAUAAAGACACGGGAGUGCACCACUUGACGUUAGAGGGGGUGAUCGAGACUCCACCCAACGGCAAUGCCUUUGGCACGGUGUCCGUGUACGAGGACAAGAUGGUGCUGAAAGGGAACGGGCGGAUCAGAGAUCGGGUGUUUUUGUUUCCAUGCCAAAGUGACACAGAUCACAGUUAAGAUUCAUAUUACUGAAGCUGUCAGGGCAAUAUUUUUUAGAAUGUCUUGGGAUUUAGAAACUCUGGACUGGGACAUUUAGAGGAUGUUUGUCACAUUCUCUGGAGAAGUCUGAACUUUACGCGGGUUACUUUACAAGAUAGACAAUCUCCCAUAGCAUAGGGCUUUACAUGUUUUUCUCAGAUGACAAAAACAUUCACAAAUUUACUCAUUUUAGUGAUAAAGAACCAAACCUGCCCACUUUUGAGUUUUAGUAAAGCUGGGAAUACUUUCAGAGGUUAAAUACUAACAACUAUUACAAAAAUACAGACCUACAUAUACUCUGUUCUGUUUUUAGAUCCUACAUGUCACAUUCACUUACCUCAGCAGAGCAAAAGUACCUCAAAUAAGUUAUUGCACUCAUGGGUUUUUGUUAUUUAUAAUCCUGACGAAGUGUGAAAUAUAUCUCAUACACUGGACAUGUUUUAACUUUGACAUUAAAUUAAUUUGCAUAUUUUUAUGCACCUACUUUAAGGAGGAAAUUAUUUACUUGCACUUGCUGCCUUUUUGCAUGUCGCAUAUUGCACAUAAGGGAUUUCAUUAUACUGUUAUUUCCUGAUUGAUGCAUUGUGUUGCUAACUAUAACUGAUAUAUCAUCCAGUUUUCAGGUAUGAGAAUUGGCACAAGAUAUGUGCAAGUCUGUAUGAUUUACUAUGUAAAACAAUGCAACCAAUAAUAAAAACUGCACUAGCUGCACUUCUGUGUAUGGCUAAAUGCCACAUUUG